GGAGAGUCAGUGUUUUUGAGUCUGCUGGUCCUGGUGUGGAUGCUACAUAGUCUCCUCCCUGAUGGGAGUGGGUCAAACAGUCACUGAGCAGAGUGGGUCACAUCCUUCAUGAUGUUACUGGCCCUUUCCCAGCAUUUCUCUGUGUAUGUCCUCGCAGCUGCAGCUUGUCGGUAGGUCCCGUCGCUCACUUGCCCGGAUGAUGCGGCUCCCUCCACCCCCGGUGAUGGGGAUGAGCUUUGCACUGGAUUCAGGGAGCCAGGCCUCCGAGAUGUCCAGCAUCUUGUUGUGGUUUGGCGGCCCAGUGACCUGGCAAGGUAUGCUGACCGGAGCCAGGGUUUUAUGUUUCGUAUCAUGGUAGGGUCACCCAUGCCAAACAGGUCAAAGGGUAGAGGGCAGACCACUGACCUCCAGGUUUGGGGGUUCAACUCCGGGCUAUGAACCCUGAUUGGUAAAACAAAGCUGUCACGGGACCAGCAACGAAGAAUCUGAGUGGAGAGCAUUCCCGAGUCUCCACUCAGAACUUGACCAGAUGAAAGACGAGAAGAAGCUGCUGACAGACACGGUGAUGGACACCCUGAACGCCAGGCAGACAGAGACAAAUGCGCGGGAUGGAGAACGACGGGACUGAAGAAACUUUGCGCCCUCAGAAUCUAUACACCAUCUUCCUGGUGAUCCUGGUCUUCUUUGUGAUGGGUCUGUUGGGCAUUCUGCUUUGUCACGUACUGCAGGAGAGGGGCUAUCGCUGCCGGACUUCCCAGGGGCUGGGGCCAGAGGCCGAGGCAGGUGCUCCAGCUGAGGACGUCCAAGGUUCACACCAGGACACAGUGGGGCAAAUUGUGCAAUGCAUCUUAGACAACAAAGCCAAUGCAGAGGCACUGAACAAGAUGCUGAUGGAGUAUGAACAGAUGAACGCCCUGGAACACAGGUCGUUCUGCCCAGAAGAAUUUGGAGGGCAGUCUGAUGCCCAGAGGCCCCACCUCCACACUGUGCAUUCGGACACUUCAGGAGAGAAUCGUUCAGUGUGUCUGCACUGCACGCAACUGAUGAAGCCAGCUACGAUGAAUGCUCACAGUCGGCUGCCGGGUGCUAAAAAGCGUGGCCCCAGGGUAGAAGUCACUGUCGUCUCUGUGGGCAGGUUCCGAGUGACGCACAUCGAGCGAUGUCGGGCAGUGGAGGAGCAGGCCGCGCUCCCCGUGGAUGGGUUGGCGAUCCAGCCCCACUCCAAGGAGACGGCAGAGGGUAUCAGCGAGCUCCUUGAUGGCAAACGCAGAGUUUCAGGGCAUUCCUCACCAGACCCCCUACCUCACGCCACACAGACUGACCGUGGCCGAUGACAGACGAGUACCAUGAGGAAAGGGUGGCCAAUCUCCAUCGGUCACUGGGAGGGGAACAGACCCACCUGAGGCCACAGUGACGGAAAUCUCCACUGCUCUGGAUUUGGCACAAAGUCAUUGGGGUCCGAUUGACCCAGGGUGGGGGUUAA